GAGCCGUGUUUUGUGAAUGUGGUUGACGUAUCGAGGUGCAAGUCAGUGAAAAUGAUAUCUAACAAGGAACUGUUAAACUGGGAAUAUUAAAGAAUGAUUAAACAUGAGCAAUGUAAAAGUAGCUGUCCGUGUUCGACCACUAAGUCAACGAGAAAAGGAUGGCAACAGCAGGUCUAUCGUGGAGGUACACGGCGACAGCCUCAGUAUCCUUAACGCGAAGGUGGAUCAGUAUUCUGAAUAUGGAGACAGCAGAGAGAAGAUCAAGCAUUUCACAUUUGACUACUGUUACGAUUCCAGCGGGGCUCCACAGUCCCCCGGGUAUGCCUCACAACAGCUGGUGUUCCAGGACCUGGGGACGGAGAUACUACAGGCAGCAUUUGAGGGCUACAAUGCCUGUCUGUUUGCCUACGGACAGACCUCUACCGGGAAGACUUAUACCAUGAUGGGGGCCAGAGAGGAUUAUGGAAUUAUACCAAGAAUAUGCGAGGGACUAUUUAGCCACGUAGAUGAUUGUUUGAGUGAAAACGUCACAUUUAGAGUCGAUAUCAGUUAUCUGGAGAUUUAUAAUGAGAGAGUCAAGGACCUGCUGAGGCCAGGGUUGUUAAAACCCAAGGAAAAGUUUACAUUAAAAGUCAGGGAGCACCCCAAGGAGGGGCCUUAUGUACAAGAUUUAUCCUCCCAUCCUGUCAAGGACAAUUCUGAAAUUCAGGAUCUUCUGGACAGAGGCAAUGAAAGCAGGACCACUGCCUCAACCUACAUGCAUGACCGUAGCAGUAGAAGCCAUGCUAUAGUUACCAUAACAUUUACUCAGGCUAAAUUAGAAGAUGAUUUACCUCAUGAAAUAGUUAGCAAAAUUCAUCUCGUUGACUUGGCCGGCAGUGAGAGAGCCGACCCAAACUUUAGCGAACACUACAAAGGCCGAUUAAAAGAAGGGGCAAAUAUCAACCGAUCUUUAGUUACUUUAGGCAAUGUCAUUAAGGCUUUAGCUGAGCGCUCCCUGUUGUCAUGGAGUGCAGACAAUCUGGGAUCCACCCAGAGCUUCCUUAGCGUCGCCGACUCCAGCCCUAAGCGAGUCCGUCUUCCGUACAUACCGUAUCGAGAUUCCGUCCUCACCUGGCUCCUCAAGGACAGUCUCGGGGGAAACUCCAAGACAAUCAUGAUCGCCACAAUUACCCCAGCCAGUAUGUAUUACAUUGAAACCAUCAGCACUCUAAGAUAUGCUCAAAGAGCCAAGAGUAUCAUCAACAAACCAAAAAUCAACGAGGAUUGUCCGCCCUUUGUUGUUUAUGAUCCCAACGUGAGCCUGAUUCGAGAGUUACGGCAGGAGAUAGAGAGACUAAGAGAAUUGCUCAAAUCCGCUCAAAUGGGUAGCUCUCAGAUGUCCGAAUUAAACUUACUCGUUCAAAUGCAUGACAUGAUGACUGAAACCCAAAAGAGUAACCCACAGCAAGCGUCCACAGAGGUGGGGUCAGUCCUGGCCGAGAGAUUACUGGACCAUGAAAAUAUGGCCAAGAAGCUGACUCAGACUUGGAGGCACAAGUGGACAGAGACUCAUGACUUCAUCAAGGAGUCGGACCUAAGUAUCCGGGGACUAAAGCACUCAAGCUCAAUGGGAGUGAUGAUCGAGUCUCAGAUGCCCCACCUGGUGGGAAUGGACGAUGAUGUACUUAGUACUGGAGUCACUAUAUACCACCUUAAGGAAGGAAAAACUCUGGUUGGAAGAGAGGAUGCAGAAAGGCCACAGGACAUAAUUUUACGAGGCCCAGGUGUGAAACAGGAACAUUGCUUCUUUAAGAUCCAUUACGGCACGGUGACCUUACACCCAAACCUGGGGGCCCUGUGUACGGUUAACGGGGUCGAGUGUAAGGAGUCAGUGGUCCUAAAACAAGGUGACUAUGUAUUGCUUGGGAAAACCAACAUGUUCCGCUUCAAUAAUCCUGCAGAGGCUGCAAAAUUACGGGAAAAACGACAGAGUAUGUCCAGUCUGACUGACCUGUCCUGUGGAGACAGUGUGGAGAGUUUGGACACAGAGGACAGUGAGCAGUACUCCUACUACAACCGCCGGCCAUUCCACCCACUGUACGGACCAAACUAUGCUUCUCCUGAGAUAUGUCUGCAGUUGGAAAGGCAAUACAGAAAUGAAUCAGAGAGAAUUAAUCAGGCAAAAAAAGAGCUGGAGCAGCUGCGAGAUGAACACCAGAGAGCCGAGGAACUGAGACGCGAGAGAGAGGAGGAAUUGUACAGGAUUCACGAGGAGCAUCGAGCCGAGAUACAGCGAGAUCUGGAGAGAGCUGCCAAGAUGAAGGAGGAGACUGAAGCUCAGCGAGAUAAGGCUGAGGCUGAGAUCGAGUAUGCUCGCGAGUGUCUACAGAAGGAAAAAGAAGCCUUUUACAGAAAACUGCAAGCGGACCUGCAAAAUCUCCAGAAGUUAGGGACCGUGUCAGAAGUUGUAACACAAACAGAUCUGGAUUCCUCAGGGCAUGUUAAGGAAGCUAUAAACACAGCUAAACAGUCGGGCUGGGGGAAGGUCAAAGAUCUCCUCCACACAGAGCUGAAGUCGAGGCUCCAGCUGAGGGAAUCCGAGGAGCGGCUGAGGAGACAGUCUGAGGACCUGGAGGAGCAGUUUGAGAUGUCCCAGAGAGAGAUCCAGCAGAAGAUGGGGAGGAUCAAAGAGGUGGAGGAGGAGUACAAGACAGAGGACGCCGUCCACUACCAGGAGAUGACCUCCAAGAUGAAGGAGAUAGAGGACCUGACAGAACGUGAGGAGCAGCUGGAGCUCUACAUUGAGGAGACAGAGGACCUGUUAAUGGUGGGAGUGGACCAGCCUCGUCCUAUCCGCUCAGCCUGCAGCGAGGAGGUCCUCACAGUCCUAAGUCCCCCCAACCCAGGCUUCCCAACCAGGACCACCAGUCUCAUGGCCCUACCCAGGGGAAGUGAGGGCGACCUACCCUCCUGCUCAAAUAGACUCUCCCAGAAGCCAGAGGAUCACUCCAUGGAAGAGUCCACUAAUUCUUUGUUUGAGGGAAGUGAAGCAAGUAUGGACAUGUCGUCUAGUGUGGGAGAGGUUGAUGAUGGUGGUAAACGAAAAAGUGGUGCUAAAAGUGAAAAACUAGUGAAGACGGCAAAAAAUGUUACAGAUAGACUAUAUAAAGCCCCAGAGCCAAAAUUUAAAUAUCAACCGAAAUCAAAGCAGUUGUCUAGAAGUUCAGGUGCUACAUAUGAUACAGGUGUGAGGACAAGGGACAAAAGAUCUCCCAUCUCGCCUGCUAGGGAUUCCCCCUCCAGGAGCAUGUCACCCAGGGUAUCCCCAGGUCGCCUCAAGUCUGAGUCACCAAGGUCAACCCCAAGGUCAUCUCCAUCUCCCAGGCAAACUCCAGAGAAACAGUUAAAUGAAAAGUUCUCAAAAGAUAGCAGGAGAGGCAAGAAACCAACUGAUUCAAAAGAAAAGGAUAGUAAGACUAGUAGUGAAAAGGCAGGUCCUAGUGCUGCCAAAAAAUCACAUCCUUUACCAAAGUCCAAAGGAGCAGAUCAGAUAUCUUCAGGGACCAAGAAAGAUCCUUUGGAUAAAAAGCAUUCAUCAACUGGAGACCUGGCAGAUGUCAGGAGCAGACGACAGCCUUCUACUGGUAGCCAUGAUGAUAUCAGUGGCAGGCAAUCAUCACCUUAUGGAAGGCAAAGAGAUUCUGAUAAUAGUAGACUCAGUCCAAACUCUGAUGGGGGUGGUCGAAAAUUCGUAUCAAGGUUACGCCAUAUUGCCAGUGCCUCAUCUCUAGCAAAUGUUCCAGAAUCAAUUGCUGAGGAGGUGGAACCAGCUGAGCCAGAACAGAAGAGCACCAGUCAAGUGGUGGUGGUAAAGAGGAGGAAGAAACGUCCACAGAUUGAAGGAGAAGAAUUCAGGAGGCACUCGGAACCUUUAGGGGAAGAGCUAGCUGAGGCAUUCGAUAAGUAUACACAAGACUUUGAGCAAAUGGAGUGGCAAAGAACAGGGAGCUCAUGUUUACAAGGAAGGGAAAAUACUCUGAACUGGAUGGGGAGUUACCUAGAAAAUGUUAGUUACAGAAUACCCAGAUCAAUGUCAAAUGAGGAUACAGAGCAACAGGGAGAUGGAAAUGUUGAUUCUGAAAAUGGUGUUGGAGGUCAACUGGUGCCAACAAUAAAUGUUGUAGCAUGUGAUGAUUUUGAUGGUAACAGAUUACAUCGAGAGCCCAGUGUGUAUUCUGAGACAGGGUCCACAGUGUCUGAAGUAUCAACGGUAGUGGACACAGAGAUAGACGCGUCUGAACAAGCCGUGUUCAUGGAAGGAGUAGAAACUCUCUCAGAUGAUGAUUCACCCUGGAAAGAUCCUGAUAUGUUGGAAUCUCCUAAACCUGGAUCAAAGAGAGACCAUGACGUGCUGAGAGAGAGAACAAGUUCUGUGCCUGAGAAAAUGGCAAGGACUGAGAACGAUAGUGAUAUUAACCCUGACAAUCAAGACAAAAUGGCUACCUCACAAUUCCCUGAAAAUCAGUUCUUUGUUGGUGAAUCUCUUCCAUUGGACUCUGCUUCUGUGUCCUCAGAUUCUCUAGAUGAUAGUAAAUCAGUGGAUUCUCUGGAGUGUCCCAGAGAGAGGAAAGGUGUUGAUGAGGAUGAGGACAAUUUAGAUGACUCUUUAGAUGAAUCAGACAUGCGGGACACACUGACCUCUCAGACAAGUGUUAAGUUUUUCAACGACAUUAAUAAUUCUACCGAAUUGUUGACCUCUGGUGAACUACAAGACACAACAGAGGAUCUGGAUUCAUCUAGGAACAGUGAUUUGAACAUUACUUCUCAGUGUACUUUGUCACAACAAACAGAUAAACUUGCAAAUUUACCUGAAUUUAAUGACUCUCCAGUUUCUGAUGUUACUGCUACACCAGUCUCAUUAUCCAGUGAUCUAAACAUUAUUCCAGCAUCGGAAACAAGUGCCCCAGAUAUAACCACCAAAACCAUUCCUCAGGAAUCAUCAACAGCAGUCCUCUCAUCAGCAUCAAAUGAAGUCCCAUCAUCACAACUGACCAGUGAGGAUACAGAUACAGAUUCCAAAUUUGAAAACUCCAAACAAACAGGAUCAGACGAACAGUUUGAACAAGAAGAGGGGAAACAAAGUGCUUCAGAGAUACAGCCCACAGUGGACCAGACAUCAAAUUCUAAAGAAACUGAGCAAAAUGAACAGUUAAUACAAGGGGACCAAACAGUGUCAACGACAAAUAUUCCAGACACUGGAUCUUUAGAAUUAACAGAAGCAGGACCAAAUUUACAGAUAGAACAUGAACAGAGGGAUCAAAGCAUAUCAGAUCCACAUUCCACAAUCUCAAAAUCACAAGAAACAACAAUUGACCAAACAUUGCUAUCCAGCCAAGAUGAAACAGCAGCAAUGGAUGCAAAGAACGAGGGGCAAGUCGAAGAAAAUACCUCAUGUCCUUCAGUAUCAGAGACAAAUGAUUUACCGAAUGUGUCAUUAGAAGACCCAACUCUCACGGAACAGAGCAGAGGAAAGGCAGGGGAAUCGUCAGCUCCUGGGGAAAAAAGUGAAGACAAAGGUGAUUCUCUUUCUGCACAGUCUGACUCAGAAUCAAACAAAGUGAACACAGUUGAUAAAUCAUGUGAUGGUAUAACAGUGGAACAGACCGACAGAGCUUCACAAGUGAACAUUCCAGGAUCACCAAAGAAAAUCACUUCCACAGUGUCGGGAACAGCCUCUCAGACUGAUUUUAUUUUUCCUCAAAGUUUCGAUAACCAAAAUGAGACCAACAUGGAAGUUGAGGAAAAUAAUGCAGAGCGUGAAUCCAUGGAUAUUUCUACCUCAGUGAGUGGAUUCGGUGGAGCAGAAGACCAGAGGCCAUUGUCCGUUAUUGCAGUGGAUGUGGUUGAAGAGGCUAGGAAGACAGUGGGGGUGUGUACCAGCCCGUCCCUGAUCUGUCCCCAUGACGACACCCACAGCUGUUCUAACGACAGCCUACAGGAAGUCAAGGAGCAGCUUCAGGAGUUACAGGAAGUCCUAGAGGGCCACAUAGGACUCCCAGCCAGGGGAGGGUACCAGGUGUCCCCCCAACUAUCAUCUGCCAGGAGGGCUGUCAGGCAGCGCGCCAUGAUCCAGAGGAAUGGUCGCUUAGAGAGCGGGGAGUCAGACGGCACCGAUCCCCUCACCGAAAGUGCUGAAGCCACAGGUUCCCAGUCAAAAUCCUGCUCCAGACCAACUUCAGGAUCCCGUAGAAGAAGAAGGGCACAACUCAAGCCAUACAAGAAAUCUGGGAAGUGUCCGUAUUGUCAAAGCUCAGAGGAAUAUCAGCUUACUACAGAGAGUGAGAGCCACAACUCAGAUACUGCAUUAAUUAGCAAAGAGGAGGAGCUAAGUCAGCCCGACCAAUCAAAAUCGGAUGAAGAAAUUUCCUAUGAUGCAACAGCAGUAGGCUUAUCUGAUGAAGAGGCUACAAAAGAUGGCGAACAUGGAAAUUUCAAAAAGUGUUCCAAUGUCAAUCACUCUGUGGAUCUAGAAAAUAUUGAUUCAGAUAAAACUCUUCCGAAAAGUGGUUCAGUGAGCAGUCUGAAUUCUGAAGUGGAAAAGUACUGUUCUGUGUUGAGGGAAAUAGAUGAUCAGGAACAAAAUAUUCCAGGAGAGAGCAGUGAUACAAAUAUGAUGACUAGUCAGAGACCAGUUGAUGGUCCUGCCCAUCGUCCACAGAAACUUAGGACAGACAUGAACUCUGUGGAUUCUUCUUAUGGAUCUGUUGGUAAACCAGGGUCAAGAACUGCCUCGGAGACUAGAGACAGUGAGCAGCAGACAGAUCUAUCCUCUGUUGAUAGUCCAUUAAUGUCUCCCAUGUCUUCUCUCCAUUCCUCACUCCGCUCCCCAAGACCUGGGAUCCACCACCUCAUUACCUCCCCAGUCAGUGUAUGGAGUUCCGAUAAAAGUUCUUCCUCUCCCAGGAAGGCCAGAGCAUCAGGGGGACUCAAUACACCCACUGGACGGAGAACUCCCAGGAAACACAAGUCAUCCAAGUUAGAGAUGACCUGUGCUGACGUGUGGUCCACAGAGACAGUGGAUCCUAAUUGUCCUCCUUCUGAAAACAGCGCUGCACUGGAUUCGGAUGUUUCGUCAGAGGAGGACAAUUGUUACUCAUUAGAGACAGAGACGGUAUCACCGCAGUCUCCGUCUUCUUCAGACAGGUUUUUCGAUCACGGGAGCUUUAUUCUGGAGAGUCCUCCAAGCGGCAGGGCUGUUCCUAUCCAGUCUCCGGUCAGAUAUGAGGUGACUGUGAAGGAAGAGGAGACCAAUGUGUUCUAUAAUGUGAACAAGGUGGAGUAUAAAACUUAUGGCUUGAAUUCACCAACACUGUCAACCACAAUCCCAGAAACUAUCAAUAUAAAUGUGACAAAUACAGAUACUCACAGAGUAGAAAAUCGUGACGAGUCAGUGAACCAUGAAAGAGUCGUGUUCAGUCGAUCUGAUACUGAAUCUCCCACUCAUGUUAUUGUAUCUGAGAGAAACUUUCAGGGAUCCUCUACUGUGUCAAAUGCUGAUGGACACCAUGUGGAAAAUCAAAUUCAAAAUGAGUAUGGAAACAGCUAUGUGGAAGAGAGGAGACCUCCUCUUAAUGUUCAGGUUUCAGAAGACCCUAGAGGAGUGAAGUCCUUAACCUCUCCUAUAGAGUCUGAUACUACUUCUGAUUACGGAACAAUGAUUGGUGAUGGAAGGAGAGGAAACACAUCAUUUAUGUCUGACUCAGCAGACGAUUUGGAUUACCUCCCUGGAGAUAGGUCAUCAAAUAAAAGCACACCAAGGGCAAAGAUAACAGAUGAUGCACAACAACCAAACAGAUACAGUAGAGUUGGUGAGCAAACAGUUCUGCAUUUUAACGAAGAAAACAUAGACAACAUUAGUCCAACAGAACAAGGUUUACAAACAGUUAGUCCUGCAAUGAAGAGGCUGAGUAGAUCACAGUGCACAGUCACCUCACCUUCCUCAGAAGUUGCUUCCAAUGUGAUACAGGGCUCAAGUGCAAUGGAUGUCCUCAGGGAUUUAAUCGAAAAUCCCAUUAAUUCAACCACAGAAGAUGCUGAGCAUUCUGAUGAAUAUGAUCCUACCAGAAAGUACUAUGUGGAGGAUAUCUGUGAUGAGGUGCACUCCAGUUCUAGUUCAUCUUACACAACCCCUCAACAGUCACCUCGAUUUAGUAAGACAGAGAUAGCUGAGACAUCCGAGGAGCCUCAAAAGACUGAAGAGGCAACUGAAAAGUUGCUGGUGCCAACAAACCUGAAGAAUAUGCAAGCAAUUUCUGUUGAUGCAGAUUCUCAGGAACCAAAGGCCAUUCUCAAGAAGCAGACGAAAGAUGAUGAUAGUCUUCACAGAGAAAUGAAGAGAGAAAUCCAGCAGAAGUUGGCAAAUCUCCAGCGGCGAGUGAGAAGUCUGAGUGACUCUGCUAUCAGUUCUGAUUACCACACAGAUGGAGAUUCAGCCACUGUGUCUCCCAGAGGUAGUCGUCUUUACGAGUCUGACAAGAUAUUGAGAGUUGGAGGAGGACAUCUUGGACCCAUUGAGGUCAGGACAAGUGAGAUUGAAACUCCACAGAUUCCAGCAGAGAUUCUAAAUACAAAGGCACUGGAAAUUGAGAACAAAAGUGUAAGAAAAUCACCUCUUAAGGACUCUGGAAAUGUGUUUGAUGACAGUGAUACUUGUGAUCUAGGAAAAUCUGAAGAUGACUCUAAAAAGGAAAGCUCUGACAAGGAAGUUAGUGACAUGAUGCAAAAGAAAUUCCAACAAAGAUCAAAUCUUCCUAUUGAGGUGACAUCCUCAUCAGAGGAGUCAGAUUCUGAUGUGAGAUGUGAAUCAAACAGUGAGAGAUCUCUGUCACCAGGAGAGAUCCUUAUUGAUGACUAUGAUGAACCUCAAGAGGAAGAAACUGUUGAAGCCGAACAAAAAUCUAAAUACAAGUACAACAUGAUCAAAGAAAAGUCUCCUUCCAUGUCAGAUGUUCUAACAGAUGACCGUGAAGAGAUCAGAAGAUCCAUGUCAGAAGCCUGCAUGGAUCAGUAUGAAGAAGCCAAGGAUGACACUGCCAACAGCUCUAAUGAUAGCAUUGUAUUUGUUUUUAUGGGUCAAUCACACAGCAAAGACAGCAUGGAGCAACUGAAGUCUUUCACAUCCAAGCAGCCAGAGUACAACAUCUUAAGCAGCACUGAAGUGUUAGAAGACAGGGGUGAUGAGAGUGAUGAAGAUGGCAGAAGCUCAAACAGGGACACUGUUAUACAUGAUGAAGAUGCCAUUGAUGGGAUGGAAAAUUGGGAGCAAAGGCCAAGGAGCUAUACAGACAAUGAAGAUGAUGACAGACCACUUCGACAUAAAUUUGGAAUUGAUGAAAGUGUCCUUCCUAUUCCCACUCGCUCCAUGUCAUCAGAUAAUUUACCAAAACAAGGCCUGAGUCAGCAAAAAAUCCAUAGGUCAAGGUCUACCAGUCUGUUAGAAGUUCACUCCAAGAUAGAGGUGGCUGACGAUUCUAGUAACAAUGAGGGUAUCUUCCCACCCUGUGUGGAGACAAGUGAGAGGGAGUCCCAAAAUACAUCUGAUGUCAGAGACAGCACAUCAGCCGAGAUUGGCGACAGUGACUUCUCACUGACAGAGCUGCCAGAUGACAUGCAGUACUCCCGAUUCCCAAAUCGCCAUGCACAUCCAGAUGACAUUCAUCAGCAUACUAGCUACAAUUCCACCAUGAGGCCUAAGGAGGAGGAAAGAAAUGGUGAACUAGUGUCUCAGGUUGAGUUUGGAACUCAGACAAAUGAAACCAUCUUGCCAACUCAUGCUAAAGAUAGUCGAGUUCUUCCUGGAUUAGAUUCUCCAUUCAGAGCAAAGAGCACAGAAGAGUUGCCAAGAGGAAGGCCAACUGAAUUACACCUGACAGAGGACACAGAAAACUGGCAGAACUUGUCCUCCAUUGUUAUAGAAAACAAUGCAAGACUACAGAAUCUUCAGCAGAGGUUGCCUGGAGAGUAUCAGUAUGGAUCUGUAGAUUCAGUGUCUGCACACAGAGAUGACACAACACAAACCUCUACCUCCCUUCAGAACCUGGAGACCUCCGCCACUCAAACUGACAUCAGCUUUCCUACUCUUACUUUAUCUGAAGUGGAGACAACUGAGGUCCUUCCAGACCUAUCAGAGGUGGAUGGAAAUAUCAAUACAGAAAGCAUUGGAAAUGUUAGAGAUACUGUGGACUAUUUUGAUAGACUAAGCAGAGAGCCAUCACCUGUAAAACAGGACUCUAGGAAACCGGCCCCCAAAAAUCAAAACAAAGACUCAAUGCAAAAGAAAGCAGAUGCUGAGGUAACAGAAACCAUUCUUGUUGAAAAGGAAUAUAAUCUGGAGACUGAGUAUAACUAUCCUAACCUGAGUGCAAGCAACAGCGAGAUGGAAAAACUGAAGGAGGAGCAUGAGAAGAUGAUGGAGAAGUUUAGAACAGCAACACAGAAUAGAAAGAGAAUGACAGAUAAACUAAGGAAAGAAGGAGGCCCUCAAGGAGUUCAUGAAGAAUUUGUUGCAGAAGAAGCGAACAGACAACAAAGCUUCCCGCGUAUGAAUCUGCAGUCCCCUACUCUAACUAGAAAUGAAAAAGCAGAUAAGGUGGCCAAAGAGAGUAUAGAUGUUCAAACAAAGAAAGGUAAUCAAAAUGGUGCUAUUUCAAAUGAAGAAAAAGCAGAGAUGGUGGAGGAUGUUCUCAGUGAUGAUGAGGGAUGUAUAACUCCACCUACCUCACCAACAGCCAUAGAAACAGAGAUACCGUCACAGGACAUCAGUAUUCCACUCAGAUCAAGGUUACAGCAUCUGAGUAGAGAGGCAGAAAGUCAUGUAAUGAUGAAUGGAAAUGCUGACUUGACUGAGAAUGUGCAGAGGGAGAUUCAUGAGAAUGGAGGACCAAGUUUAAAGCUUGAUCUGAGUGCUAUCACUGGAGAGCCUGAUUCACAGCCAAUUACUAACCUCAGCAAUAAUCAAAUAAAGCAGAAACUUGAUAAGCUUCAUAAAGAGAGAGUCCAGAUUAUUGAAAUGCUCUCCCUCAACUACCUCCCUGCCAGCUUUACUGUAGAACUAUUGGAAGCUAAACUGAACUACUGCAUAGGUCAAACUGACCUUAUUUUAAAGUCCUUAGAGGAACAUUGGGACAGUGAUGAAGAGAGAGUGAGUACAAUACGCCAUCCAAACAUCACAAGAGAACACCUGACCAUGUACAGAAAUGAGCUACAGCAGUCCAAAACAGACAUUGAAAUCUGUCGAGAGAAAAUGCAGAGGAACCAGGGAACUGGUAGAGGUAGGACUAAGGGAAGGAACCGAGAUUUCCUGAGGAUGAGGAGGAAUGCUGAAAUAGAGGCCUUCAAAGUCGAAAGAAUGCUAGAACUUCAGAACUAUGAAAGAUCACAAACCCUACAUAAUUUGAACAAUUCCUUUCAGGAGUCACUGCCAGAGAAAGGAUCCAGCAGGAGUGUAAGUCCUACUUCAUCUGUCCAUUCCUCGUCUCAGUAUAUGACUCCAAAACAACACUGUGAUCAUUUAGUCCAUCUCCGGAAAGAGCUUGUCAAACACACAGAGGACCCUAACUUCCUGGACAGGAUAAGUAGGUCAAGUUCACCAGCUCUGCACCACAGGACAACCUCACAUCCCAGCCCAAGACUUCACCACGACUACCUCUCACCACGAUCCGCAAGUACUCAAGACCGAAUCUUUGACUCAGAAUCCCACAUUUAUGACAGCUACUCAAUGUACUCACCCCGUGAGUCCACCUACUCUCCCAGAACUUCUUACCACAACCGACAACUCAACUACUCACCUAAGAUAGCUUUCUCUGUGUCAGACGAGCUGCCCUCUUCUGUGGACUACGGCUAUAGCACCUACCUUGUCCCUCCUCGCCCCAGGGACCGGGAUUCCCCCAGAAGUGUUUCCUCCGACCCCAGACCUCCCAGUAAUACUCUGCACUCCCCUACCCAGCUGUCCACUGGGUCCAUUUCUCCCGAGCCAAGAUUCCGACCUGUGAUGGACCAUUCGCUGGAGCAUCAACUUGAGUCGAGGAACUACUACACGGGCAGUGAGAGUCGACAGCUGUUACAUGAGAUAGAGCAGAUUCGUCUACAGAACAGGACAGAGAUCCAGAGAGCUCAACACAUACUGGACUCUUACAGCAAAAAACCAUCCAGGGAGGCUCAUGUGAGUGCUGAUCGUCCGAGUUCCUUACCCAGGCGUCCUUAUUCUUCCUACAAUGACUAUGCGUCAGACCUGCUGGACGCCAGUCAACGCAGCAUAUCAGGCACAUUGUGUGGAAGUUACGAACUUUACGAGAAAGAAGUCAGCGACCUGACUUCACGUCACAGACCAUUGUCUCCAGGCUCAAUGAUAUCGGACGUCGGAACUUAUCACGGAAUCGACCCAAACAGAAUUCGACCAAUCCAAUCCUCGGAUAUUAAAGCCAAGCUAAAACGACGACACACGACUCGAAGGUGACAUGCUCAGGAAACAAUGGAUGAACUGCUUAUCUGUGAUAUUUUAUGUUGGUGCCAAAGACUUAUCGUAUAGUUUCAUUUUGUUGUGAUUUCAUUGUACUUUGUUCAACUGAUCUAUUUCUUCUGUUGGAUUUUAUGGCCGAGCUGAUUUUCAAUGUUGAUGAAUUGAUGAAUCUUUUGCAUUGAAAGGUCUUGGUGGAUGAUGAAUCAAACAAAGUGAAACAGUGAAAAGAUACUGAUGCAAACAGACCUUCCUUUUCUUCUGAUUUCUUGAUUCACUGGUUUGGAUCUAUAUAAACUAAUGUUUAUAAUCCUAUUGAUGGGGAAUAUGUUGUGAUAUUUGUGUGUAUUAUGGUGCUAUUGGUGCUCAGAAGUGCUAUUGACCAUUAUUAUUGUUCUGAGAAAAAAAAUUAUAGUGAUUAAUGUUUUAAUGAUAAUUGUAAGUGUUUAUAAGAUUAUUACUCAACAUUUUAGUUGUUUGUAUAUUGUGUUUCUAAGAAAUUCUGUUCUCUAGGAAUCUAU